UUAGAUUUCGAGGUUAUGUAAAUUUUACUAUUUUGUAUUGUUUACUCGGUUACCGGUAUGUCUUCGACGGACUAUUUGAACAUAAAUGAUCACAAAAUUUUCAAAAAUUUGCGUAAAACUUUACCGAAAAGUAUCGAUAAAGUGGAGAGACUAUUAACAGUGAACGACGAUAUUUUAUACACAUGGGAUUUUCAAGAUAAUUGUGUUCUAACCUUAAACAUCAAAGCAGCUCGAAGUAAAGAAAAAGAUAAUGUUUCUCAUCAGACACUUCUUCCAAACUAUCCAUUGCUGUUUACCCCGGAAUUUCUUACAACAAAUUCGAGUAACACCCUGCUGGCCGUCGCUGGUCCUGCAGGCGUACUCAUCAUGGAAAUUCCAGCAAGAUGUCCUCCAUAUGGGGCAUUCGCGGGCAACAAAGAGGUCGUCUACUGUCGGAGUCACAGUUUAGAGGAAAGACUUCUGUGUUGUGGCAACAAUGUUGAAGUCCACCAAGUUAGAUUUCAUCCAGGAAGUCCUGGUGAUAAUCACGUUGUCGUUCUUACAAGCGAUAAUUUUUUACGGUUUUACCAAAUAAUUAAUGCCACUGCACUGAUUCUCGACAAAUAUCAGUUGGGACGAAGUCCCACAUCCGUCAUGCCCUGCAGUAAAGUUUACAUGCUAACUGAUUUGGGUGAAACGGCGAUCGAUUUCGACUUUGGACCGCCGGAAUUGGAGAAGCAAAAUGCUAUCAAAUUUCGUGAAGUUGCUGAUAAAGAAACACAAUCUUUCGUCUCGUAUAAAGGAUGGAGCAGACAUUCGCACAAAUUCAAAGAAGAAAAGAAAAUUUUCUCCACUGCAAACGAUAGUGUUCAAGAGAAGAACUUGAAAAAUGUCGCCAACAAAUGGGGAAAGUUACAGUGGCCUAUCUAUCUCCUUUACGGAAAUGCUACCGUUUGCACUAUCACAAUACCCCUAAACGAAAAAUCAAAACCCAAAGUACGAGGGCCUUUGCCUAUAAUACCUGAUGGUGAAAUAACGUACAAAGAUGAUGCUUGUGCCUUACUAUGUUUAAAAACAACUCCUUCGAUACUUUGUCUUGCAACGUCAAAUGGAAACGUUUACCAUUUAGUUGUUCUACCAGAGACCCAACAACCUCAGUGCAAAUCUAUGGACGAAUAUUUACAUAGACACGACAGAUCUUUGUACGUGUAUGAAAAAAUCGAAUUGGAAUUGGGUUUAGCCACUUGUCAGCCGAGUAGCGUGUACAUUUGUCCGAUUUUUUUAUACCCAGAUGAUUCGAGGAGUGACAGAUAUUUUGCUAUACAUGAAACGGGAAUACAUUCUGUUACAGUUCCAUCUGCAAAUAAGUUACAAAAGUUUUUUAGUGGGCCUGAAGAUGACUUGGAAAACGUUGUAAACGAACGUAGCUCAGCAGACUACCUUCUAUGUACAAAGAUUGCAAAUUCAGAUAACAAAAAUCCCGUUAUAGGCUUCGCAUUGUAUUACAACCCUCCAAGUGUUUUAGUACUUUUAUCAAAUGGACAAUUAGUCGUCUUAUCAUUAGCGCCUUCAUUGAUACACAAUUAUGGUGACAUUGAUUACGAUAAUAUAGAUAACCUGGAUUCCCCUCUGAAGAAGAUGUUACGAGAACCUUUCGACGUAUACGUUCAAAGGAUUUUAAAACAAGCCAAAAACCAGCCGAUUCUAAAAUUAUCUGGCGGUAAUCACACUCAACAAGAAUGCUACGAGUUGCUCCAACGCGCCUCUCAGUCGUUCCGAGAGAAUCACUUCAAACACCAUCAGAAGGCCAUCGAAGAGAUAGAAAAAAGAGUGAAAACGUUAAAUUUGCUUAAAAACUAUCAACUCAAGGAAGUCGACCGUAUGCAAAGAGAACGCUUGAUGUUGCAAGAAAAGGCAGGUUAUCUAGCCGAAAAAUACGAAGAUAUAAAAGAUAAACAAGAAGAACUUACAAAAAGGUGCCACCAAUUGCUUUUGAUGGUGGCUGAGAAAAAGACAGAACUUUCAGAAGCCGAAAAGAAGUUUUUAGAAGAACUAAAGCAAGCUAGCAAGAAAACUGAACUUUACUUAAGUACAAUAGAUCGCUUGAAGAAGCAGCAAAAGUACCAAGACGUGCAGAUGGAAAAUUGGAAAAACCAAAAUACUCAUAAGGAAACAGGGUUGGGCUCGGUUCAGUCCAGCACAAUAAGAAGUAACCUACAGGACAUGUCAAAUCAAAUAACAAACAUAAUAAAAGAAAUAAACGAGUACAAAACAGUCCUGGGAAUUAAAUAAAAAAAGGAAUAAUCAAAACUCUCUUUUGUCUUUUGUCUUACAAUUAAAAUAAACGUAAUUACAGCAUUUAACAGGUGUUGCUAUUUUUCUAUUUGUAUCUAGUACAGUAAUAGAAUUUCUUGUGCUUUUUCUUUUAAUUGUGUAUCCUAGGACGUCAUUAAAUGACAACAUUUAGUUAAAUAAUAAUUUUUGUUUUAUAUUAUUAUAAUUUGUAUCCACAAUAAA